AUGGGGACCGUAACCGUUAUCUUUGAAAAUAAAAUCCAGACAGUGGAUUUAGAUAAGUGUUGGGAUAUACAUUCGGAAAUUGUAAGGAAUAUUGAAGUUAAAAUUUCUGAAUUUGAAGGAAUGAAAUGUGAAGAUUUCAAGAACCAGUUAGAAAAAUUAAUCACAUAUAUAGAGAAUGAAAGAGAGACACAUAAAGAGUGUUAUACUAGACAGCCUCCAUAUCCUAACUUAGAUGAUGAUGAAUAUAUAAAACAUUUUUAUCGAAUAUGUAAUGCAAAAACUAAUUGUAAUUACAUCUCAGCACAAUAUAAAAAACUAAUUGAAUUAAAAGAUGAUACAGGAAUAUCCUGCGAAAGUGAUCAAGACUCUGUAAUAAAAAAUGUAGAAGAACUAAAAGGAAAAUCGGAUGAAGCAAUAUCACAACCAAAUGAAAAAGUCUCUAAAAUAAUAACUUCAGAAAUAAAUGAUUCUCAAAGCGGUGCACAUAAUAGUAACCCCCUAAAUGGUAAUGCGCAUGACUGGCAGGCUGUUGGCAGUCAAACCGAUGAAGAUCAUCUCUUUGUUGAUAAAGAUGUUGCUGUGUUUUUUACCACAAAAUAUCGUGCUGCGGAAACUUCUAUUAGUGGAAAACCUGGUGAUAGAAGUUACCCUCUUAUAUCUACUAAUAGAGCAGAUGAUUUUAUGAUAUCCAUUUCUUUUGUAGGUACUCCUGAC